AUGUCGACUUUCACUGGACUUGUUAGAUUAUUUUCCAGAAGAACUGCUAGAGUGUUAUCCAGUAAAAACGUGGCGAAUACCUUCCAAAGUUCCUGUCGAGCAAGGUCUAUCUUUGCAGCAACAACACGUGGUGCUUCACAGAAUCUUAGAUAUGCCAUUCCAUGUGCUUGUACCAAAGUUUCUGCUUGUGAAGUGCAUAAAUACACUCAAGGUUGGUUCUACAGCAACUUUUGUGGCCUUUGUUCUUAUUUUCCGAGAAAUCAUGGUGCAUUAUUCCGUUCUCUGAACAGCUGGCGGAUGCUGUCUAGGCUGACAUGGGAGAAAAUAGAGGCGGAGUGGGGGGGGGGGGUUGGAUAGAUAGUGAGGGGUUCAUACUACUUGUGAGAAUCCAGAGACGUCGACAGUGUUCUUCCUGAAAUGCUGCCCAGGUUUCUGGCAAUUUAAGAAAACUAUGAAUGCCUCAAAAUAUUUUCUUCAUAUGCAUUCGACCAAUCUUAUGAGAGAUCAGGACACAUGAGCUAGCUGAAAACCAUGAUCUUUUUCCUGUGGCAUCUUGUGGCUUAGUUAUCCAAUGCCUGAUUGGCAAUUUAUCUUGCAGCAUGAUGGUAUUGCAUUGCUUAAUAAAGUAUUGUAUUGAUUGUAUAAAAUGAAAAGUGACAAUUUGUUUUGUGGAGAAAUAGUUGCCCUCGUAGUUGAUGCAUAUACUAACAGAAAAUUACAGUGGUUACCACUAACACUUGCCGUCAAAGGGUUUUUUCUUCAGCUCAAACCUGCGAUUUGGUGGACGUCAAUCAAACAUUACCACGGGUUUCACACAUUGGACAAGAAAAGAUUCUUUCCCUGUUUCUCGAGCACUCAAAGGAAAAUGUCAGCAUUUAAACGGUUUUUGCGAUAUUUUGCUACAGGAUCUGAUACCAUAUCAUCUCAAGAUUACGAGGGAUAUGAAUUUGUUAAGAGUUUGUUGGAGGAAACUCAAAUUAUGGACUUAUUUACUCACUGUAAGGCUUACUCAAUACGCUCACAACUUGUCUGAGUUCUUGCUAGUUCUGAUUUCUAUUCGAUAACAUGAAAAUGAUAAGUAGAUCUGCAGUUUACAAAAUUCAUUUCCGAAAACAGCCUCCAUUCAGAGGAAACUUUUUUCCCUUGUUCAGUGUGAUAUCUUUCAUUUCUUUGAAUUUCUACUCCUUGGCAAUUCGACGUCCACGGCUCCCGUGUUUUCAUACAAACAAAUAAACAACCUGAAAACCUUUACGUAAACUAUAGAGAGUGUUUUGGCUAUUUCACUCAGCUCGCAGAGACCUCGUUGUUUUAACAAUGUAAUCCUUCAUCAUAAUGAAAUGAUUAAAAACCCUGUCGUCAUGUAAAUUUUUUAAUUAUUCUUGUAAGCCUUCGCCCUUCAUUCAGCGAUGAAUGAACUCUCUCUGUCAGAGUGCAUGAGAAAACUAUGGAGACAGUUGAUUGACCUCCACGAAAACUGGUUUCAACAGAGAAAAAAAAACCCUUUCUGAGGGCGCAUGUUAGUGGUAACUGCUGUAAUAGACUAAGGCCUAAAUAUAUACUGAAUAUAUACAAUGUUCAAGUGACACAACUAUGGGGAAUGGGCAAUGUACAGUGGAACUUUGAUGUAACAAAGGGGCAAGGGACUGGCAAAAUUAGUUCGCUAUAACGAGAUUUCGUUAUUUUGAGGUUCCUUUUCAUAUAUUUUGCUAUUACUGGAGUAAAGAAUAUCGUUCAUUAUACCGAGGACUUUGUUAUAUAGAGGUUUGUUAUAUCAAAGUUCCACUGUAAUUUGAAAAGGGGAAGUGACUUUUUGACAAGUUACCAAAAAUCUACCUCUGAAAAGGACUGAAACCAUUGUCCAUCUUUCCAAAUUUUGCAGCUGACAGUGAACUAAUGAAUUUCCUCAAACAAGAAAUACAACAUGAAAGAGAUAAUGCAUCGAAAGUGUCACCUUCAACAUUAUUUCAGGUAAGACAGCAUUAAAGAUUCGAAGCAGAACUGCACUCUACAGCUGGACAAUGUUGAAACAAAUGUCCCAUUUUUUUAAUGUUCACAGACAAAGGUAGAUGGCACUCAAGUUUCAAUGGAAAGAGAACACAAUGGUGAAAGGUGGGCCCAAUUAACUUGCUACUUAAUACUUGAGUUUCCUCCCCAUCCAUUUGCUUAUUUCCUUAUUUUCCGUAAUUUGCUUCAAAUUCCUGAUAACUCAAACUCCUGAUAACUUGAAGUUUUUUUGAUUUCCAUAGAAGGUUCAAGUUAUCAGGAGUCGACUAUACUUGAAAAGUAGUUUUAGUCUGCGAAUGAUAAAUGAUCAUGAGGUUCUUUAGGUUGAGCUUGUUAAAGUUACAGAUAAGAUAUUAAACAACUUUUCCUAAAAAAAUGUGCCCCUAGAGCCUGUGGCACGUACAGUUGUGUCUGUAUUCAUCAAGUUCCACUGUAUAUGAUUUCCAUUUAUACAUUAAUUCAAAGAAUAUUUCAUCCUCUAGAUAUGUUAUGUUUCAUCAGAUACUUCUACUCAGACAAAACUCGAGACAUUUCCAUUUAUCUCUUGAACUAUGCAGAAUACUACAGUGUCAUCCAACCAGAAAAGUUGCCCCUCCCCCCACCCACCCACAUUCAAUAUUGUCUCGGUAGUCAGUAUGUUGUCUCAACUAGUGUUGUUCAAGGUUAUCACAAAUGCCCAUAUCCAGUAAAGAAGUAACUAAGACAGUUACCUCAGUAAUAUUUUCAAGAUGUUUCUCAUGUGUGAUUUUUGAAGUAGGAAUGUCUAUGGAGCUAUAAACUCAAAAAAAAGAUAUUUUUUCUGGUAUUGUCAUUGACUGUAACUAUUUCUAUCUGGUUAGUCUUGAAGUAGACAAAAAUUCAUUGUCCUGAACAGAGCUGUUGCUAAGAUUUGAGUUGUUAGGUAUAUCUGUAGGCAGAGAAUUAAACAGCUAGGAAUUUCUCAAGGGUCUAUUUUCCUUUUGUUCCUUAUGAAACUAACCAGGAAUUAUGCUCAUAGGACGCAGGAAUCCCAGCCCUUUGUGACAACCGUGCUAAUGAAUUACCAUUAAGAAUAAUUUUUCCCUGAAGACCAAAAUGUGCCAACCUCUCACAAGGAAUGUUUUUUUCCAGAAUAUGUUUUUACUAGGCAAAUCAUUAAACCACCUUCAAAGUUGCUGAUGUGAAGCACCUUUUCCCCUUAUUUUAGUGCUAACACAAACAGUCUGUAGGGGCUGAUGCAUGUCUAUGCCAAUUUGAUUUGUCUACAUACUAGGAUUGUUUUGUCAUUUGAUCUGAAUGAGAACAUAAACCAAGAUGAAGGAGGUGCAGAUGUUGAUGCUGGUAGUGACGAUGAGGAAGCUUUCUUAGGAAAGGUUAAAUUGUAUUAGAUUACUGAUAAAUGAUUUUCAACCCAAGCAAUACAAUUCACACACUCAAAUCAAAAAGAAAAAUUAGACUGUUUAAAGUCCCCUAUUUUUUCUUAUAAAGAUUGUUGAGGUCAAGUGCUUGUUGUAACAAGCUACCAGGUGUCUUGGUUUCAUGUAUUGAGGGGUGGGUGUCAGGGUUUUAUAGCCUUUGGGGAGGGAGUGGUUAGAAAAAUGUUUUCUUCAUCUCCUCCCAAUCUGUCCCCUCCUAGGUAGACCUGAAAUAGAACCCCAGUAACUCGAAAACCCCGCUAACUCGAACUAAGUCUCAUUUCCCUUGGAUUUGACGCUACUUUUCAGUCACUUUUACUCCGAAAACUCAUACUUGGAUAACUCAAAUUCCCCGCUAACUUGAACUAAAUUUUGUUUCCCUUGAUUACAAUUUACCUGAAUAACAUUAUUCUGGUUCUUGCAACUUACCACAAAUGCCAUUCUAUUAGCUUUUCUUGUCAUGUAAUCGGUAAAACCCCUAAAACCAACACUAUAGCAAUUAGUUUUUAAUAAGUACAACAAUCAGAUCACGCAUUUAACAGUCUUUUCCCUGUAUUAUUAUAAAAAUGCAUAAUCCUGUUACAAUUUCUGAUGAGAUAAGUUUAUUUGCACUCUGCUGUAUACUGAAGUGCUGAAAUUUCAGUAAACUAUCAAUAUUGAAAUAGCAAAAAUGAAGAUUCAGUUGACCCUGAUAACUUGAAUCCCCGCUAUCUCGAACUGUUUUUUGUUUCACCUCAGAGUUCGAGUUCCCUGGGUCCUACUGUAAGUUCAAUCUUAACAGCCUUAGAAAAAAUAGAGGACUUUUAACAGACUAAGGGUAAAUUUAUCUAGCCAGCAAAUCAGAAAGAAGUCAGUAGUCACUUGAUAAACUUGUUUCAAAAGCUUGAAUGUACAUAGACAAGUACGUAUUUUCUUAAUCGAAGGAAAGGUUUGCUUUGUUGAUAGAGAAUUUCACCUGUGAUCGAUUAUCACAAUAGCAGUUUAUUAAGGGUGUGGUGUAAACAAAACAUGGACCCUCCCUUCUGGACCCCCCUUUUGGACCCCUUUUUGGACCCCCCUCUGGAUCCCUUUCUGGACCCCUCUUUUUUUUAAAAUAAAAAUAAAAAAUAAAUAGAUAAUAAAUAUACUAAAAAACGCAAGCAAACAAAUAAUAAAGUCCCUUACCAUCACUCCGUGUUGCACAUUUUACCAUGAAGCUCGAAAGGUGACUGGAUGGGGUCCAGAAAGGGGGCCAAAAGGGGAUCCAGAAAGGGGUCCAAAAGGGAGGGUCCACGUUUUGUCUACACCAGUUUAUUAAUUAAUCCUCCUCUUUUUUGUUUAUUAUCAGAUUGUGUCGUAUCCAUCAUUUACUGUGGAAAUCACAAAGAAAACUGUAAGUAGUAGACAUCUGUUUGGUUGUAUUGUAAUUUUUAAAGUCUCUGUUUAAUAAUUACAUGUAAGUCUGCUAAAUGAAAUUACAAUCUCUGCCUUUGCCACAUGUUAUUCAAUAAAUGUAUUUUUUAUUUAUUUACCUGUAUAAGCUUUUAGGAAAGUACAGGAAGCUUAGUUGCCUGGGAAAACAGCUGUUUCUCCUCGCUUUUCACCGCUGGGGACGUUUCGCGUUGAGGAACAUCUACGACUCAGCGUCAGAAAUUCCAUAUUGAUGACGUAAAUCAAUGUUUACAUAAUAUAUCUGGUAGUCAUGGGGUUCCACAUGCACAUUUGUUGAAUUUUACAUUUCUCCUGGUCGAUUUUAGUAAAGUGUUGUGUUCAUCUUCAAACGAGCUCCAGCAAAAUUCAAAUGCUUCUUCUAGAGAAGAAUAUAUUCCACUAGUUUUGACUGUUUUCUAAGAGAUUCGUCGCACAUUUGACGUUCAUGGCCUUUUGUCUUUUGUCUGUCAUUCGUAAACAACAGGUGAAACAGUGUAACUACUCCGUCGACCAAACAGCACUUCUGACUGGAUUCUGGACAGAUUUUACAUCGUCAGUAUAGAAUUUCUGUCACUGAGUCACAGACAUUAUUCCUCACGAAAUGACCUCAGCGGUGAAGAGUGGGGAGAAACAGUUGUUUUCACAGGCUAGAAGCUUAGCGUUUUUAUGUUAUGUCAUCCUUUCUUUGAUGUAAUCUUGAUCUAGUAACCUUAAUUAUGCCAUAACAUGCUGGUCUUUUCACUGUGUCUUCAAAUAUUAUUUUGCUUUUCCAUAAUGUUUUAGGGCCAUACUCUUAAGUUCUACUGUGAGUUCAGCUCUGACCUAGGGGAAGAUUAUUUAUCUGACAGUGAAGUUGAAGGUGAAAGAGCUGCACCAGAAAUGGUUCAUAUAAUAAAUGUAUCAGUUAUGGACUCACCUAACAGAGAUAAAGAGAAAACUAUCUACUGUGCUGAGACAGAAAACAUGGAUAGUGUAAGUACAUGCUUGUGAAUGUCAAGUAUCCAAACAGACCUGUCAUUGAAUCUUCUUUAGGUGACAAUGCACAGUACCAAGAGAAGGUGUUUUUUUAAUGAAGGUUGAAACUCUUUAUAGGCUCUAUUACUAGCCCCUGGUUGGGAAAAUGAGCCAGCACUUUAUCCCCUUUAAGAGAUCUUCAGGGAAGAUCAAAGACUAGACUUGCGAGAGGGCAGAAUUCGAGCCUGUGACAACAUGUAAUACCACAGGGCUUUCAUUUUGUACCAAAAUAGCUCUUUACACUAUUACUAAAAAUAGGUUUUGUCACCUAAGACCCCCCUGCGUGGGGGAAAAUUGUUCAUAAAAUUCGCAGGGAGCGGUUUUUACAAUGUUUCUUGAGCUUUAUUCUUCAGAAUAAUAAUAUAAAAGGUACUACUGCUAUAGGGAGCAAAACCUGGUCCAAAUCACUCAAAUAAAUGGUUAAAAUCAGAAAAUAAAGCGACUCGAUCAAAGAAUGCUACUGAAAUCGGAUCCCUACUAAAACAUGACACCACAUUAUUUCUGGCUGUGUAAUACUCCAAAACCAAAAUUUGAGUCUGUAUGUGCUUCUCGCAAGCCUGUGGCAGAAUUUCUAAGCUUAAAAGCACACUAACAUUGGCGCAAACUAGAAAUUGUGUGAGUUUGUUCUGUUGUUGUGUGGCCAGGUAGAUACCACAGUACUUUACAUUCUGUAAAUACUAAGUAGCGUAACAUAAUCAUUCAAAAAGAAAAAUUAAGCAACCUUUGCCUAUAAUUUUAACCCAAUGCACCGUUUUAUGAACAGCUUUGAAGCCCUGCUCUCCACACAUUUCUUAGUAAAAUGCUGUAACAUAACUUAAUGACACCUCAUAAGCUCACAUAAGAAAUAAAUUAUCACUCAUCUGUACAGUUUUGCUUUGAUUAUUUUCAGGAUAUAUGUUUUCGAAACCAAGCUAGACUUUGUUUCCUUUGACAUUAAAAACCUUCAAAGACGACAAAAAUUUUUAGCGAUCAUGAUUUUCCCUUACAAAACUCUUAUGCUGGUCAGGUUCAAUGUCUGAGUAACAGCAGGGCCCAGAAAUUUGUGACAUCAUUAGUGCAAAGCACUAUUAGACAUCGUUUAAUCCUCUUUCUCUCUCAUCUCCAAGUUAUGGUAUCCAUGUUACAGGUCAAAAGUUAAUUCAGGGUAAAUUUUUUUUACCUGGGUUGAUUCUCCAUUUUCCUCCUAGCACUAAUUCAUGAAUAAUUAGGGCUAAAAGACAAGGGAGACUGAGAAUCACCUAGAGUAACAAAUUUUAACCUGAAUAUAAUUUUGACCUGUAACAUCCACAACAAGAAACUAUGACUUACAUCCUUUUAUUUUGACAGAACUUGUAUGUGAUGCUUUUGAAUAUGUUGGCUGAGAGAGGAGUGAACAAUGACUUUUGCCAGUGGCUUCUUGACUACAGCACGUCUCUAGAACAGCAACACUAUAUAAAAUUUCUGGAAGAUUUGCAAGGAUUUGUCAAACUUCAGUAAACUUGUGGCAACAGCAUUUUUCGUAACUUCAUUGAAACACUUAGCAACAGCUAGAUCCAUAUUACUGUUUGUGUGUUUUUUAGGGGCAGAUUUCAUUUUGCUGGUUAACUGGUAAAUAUUAGUAUUUGAGGUUAUAUUAAAUCAAAAAGAAUUAUUCAACAAUUUUACAAUAACUGUGAGUGAUUUCUUGUUUGCUCAUUGGUUGAAAGCUAUGGUUUAUAACAGUACUGAUAAAACUAGACCAUGGAAUUGAUUCAUGGAAAUGACUCAUCACGAUUUGGCUGCAGAGCAGACAGCAUUAUUGUUGGAAACUUUGUAAAAAAAAAUCAUUGUUUAUUUUCUUUUUCUCCAGAUCAGUAUCAUUGUUUGUGGUACAUUAUCUGGUUGUUACAAGUCAGGAUAAUCGGCAUUUACUGUAGAACGUGCUUGCUUAGGCACAAUCUGUGCACUACUAGCCACUACUCUAUGUAUAAUGCAUAUUUAGAUUGAGUUUGGCUCCAAAAUCCUGCUAGAAGAAAGUGAAAGUUCUAGCAAUAAUGAAUUUUCUUGUACUCCAGAAUUUGACCAAUAUUGAAAGCUCUUCAAGGUUAGAGUCUUCUUAUCCAUUAUUUCCAUCAUAAAGGCACUGCCUGGGUGUAAAGAGAAUGAGAGUUUCGAAUUCCUCUUACAGGCAGCCAGUGCACUUCUUUGUCCAUUACGAGAGAAAAAUCUUCUAAAAUCACAUGCUAGGCAGCCUGAAUUUCACAGGUUCUGAGCACUGAGAUCCCUUCAAAUUUUGUAAGGAUACAGCAUAGAAAUCAUAACCCAUAAGUCCUAACCCCAUCAAUUUUCAAGCCAUUUUCAGUUUGCCCAAUGCUUUUAUCUAAACACCAUUUAUCUUUAACAAUUUCAAUAAAGGAUUUAGUGUAGACUUGAAAAGCACUUGUUUUCUUAAAUUAACCCACUAAGAAAGAGAUGUGGAGGUCCCAUGAUUUCUUAAACCGUGGACUAAGUUAGACUUUGUUUAAAUAACCGACCCAAUGUGUUUAAGAGAACAAAAACAGCAGGAGCAGCAAAAAAGAAAAAAGCCCAGUUAGUUAAGACCUAGGUACAGCUGUAGAUUGAAAUAUGCUUUUAAAGACGGCAGUACAAUCUAUCUAAGUCAGUCCAAAGAUAAAACAACUGUGUAAAACAAUUAUUAUUCAUAAAAUGUUCAUUGAGGGGAAG